AUGUGUACCUGCGCCUUAGCAAGGAGAGUAGGCAAGGCUCAUGCUGAGUGCCUUCCAGUGCUAAGGAAGCAUUGUAUUCUUCCUUCAGAUACCUUCUUAGCAAAGGGCUCUGCUACUCUGGACAAACUGAAGGACCUCUGUAACGAAGGGAAAGAACAUCCUUCCGCACUUUUGCAGCUCUAUACACAGGCAGUCUUAGACAUUACAUAUUUUGAGGAAAACCAGCUUGUGAAUGAAGAUUUUCCAGAAGAAACUUCCUUGCAAAAAGUUAAAGAACUUACUUCUGUUCUUUCAGAACCAGAAGACCUAGUGAGGGAGUGCAACAUAAAUGAAGAACCCAUCGACAUCCUUGGUACAGAGUUGUUAGAAUGUCUUUACUGGAGAAAAGGAGCCCUGCUUUACAUGUAUUGUUAUACAGCAAAAGAAAGGAGUGAAUGGCUACGAGAAAACACUGCCAUAUUUAAAAAGUGUCUUAAUGAUGGAGUUCGUUACUUGAUGAAGAUGCUUAGCAUUAGAUGCCCUCUUCAGCUAGAUGAAGACACCUCACUUCCAGACGCUUACUAGGUCUAAAUUAUUUUUGCAGGUAUAUUUAGUGACACUCACUUACUGGCGAUGAUGUACAGCGGAGAAAUGUGCUACUGGGGCCUGCAGCACUGUGGAGAAGGGAAGCGGGAAAGCCUCGAGACGACAGAUUCUGUCUCUGACGGUGACCUGGGCUGCAGAUCACAGCUUGUGUCACUGGAUUUUCGAGAAACGGGCAAAAAUGUGUUAACAAAGUAUGUGGCUGUCUGUGAGGGACCUUUAAAAGGCCAGGGGUGGAACACAACAACAGCAAAGCAAAUGCUGCAUUACUUCGUGAAACGACUCCACGAAAAUACGCUGCUUUGUGGAAGAAACCUCUCGUCAGAAGAACAGGCUUAGGGAGCUGGUCUCUGCUUCGGUGUCUGGCUGUUCUUCUUAUCAAAAUGUGUACUUUUGUUGCAUUAAAAACAUGCGUUGCAAAGAACUCCUGGGAUAUGGGUCCGAAGUCUCAUCGAGUAUUUCCUGGAGGGAAAAAAAUAAAAACAAAAACAAAAACAAAAAACCUCACAAACCAACAAAACACGACCGUGUCGUAAGCUGCCACAUGAGGAUGACGCUGUCUCCCUCUGCUCCACCCCGGGCUCGCCUGAC